AUGUUUUUAGAUGAUGUAUAUAGUCUCUGUCGUGCACCAUCUGAUGCAUCGCUGGCAUCUACGACAAUGUCCCUGAGCGGUUACGAAGGCACAUCACUGGAUGAUCUACCUCCAGCUGCUUUGGAAAGAAUUGCCGCUUAUCUUCCUGUGAACGAUGCAAUUCGUAUGGAACGUGUGAGUAAACGAUGUAUGGAAGCGUCAAUGAAGGUUGGUUCUUAG